GCAAUUUGUUUCACUAACUUUUGCUUUCUCAUUUAGUUUGUAUUUGUAAAGCUUUCGUAGUGUGAGCUUUAUUCUAAUAAACAUUUUUACACAUGAAAUUUUUUCUGGUCAGUUUUGAAAAUCUAUUACGUGAGAGUGAACGUUUGUUUUUCUUGUGGCGUAAAUUUAAAAAAAAUUAAAUUAAAACAAGAAAAAAACUAUGAAUAUUUGAAAUUAUUAACUUGACGGGUAUUACAAGUAGUUUGGCAAUGUGUUGAUUCGUACGUACUAUAAAGUAAAGUGUUAAAUAAUAUUUUUUUGUUAUUUUUUUACACAAGAACGAAAACAACAACAACUUCUAUACAUGUGUUUAGCGAAAAUGGAAAACGUCAUUAAAAAACAACUGAUUUCUCUUGGAGGGUCGCGCGAUUUUGCGUAAAAAACAGAAAUUAUAAAAAAAAACAAAAUCGGAAAAAAAUAGAAAAUAAUAAAAGAAAUUAGUAAAAAAUGAUGAAGCAAACAACAAUAAACACCAAUGUAAGGUUCCUGAAUUGAAAAGAGAAAAUGUGCUAAAAGUACUCGUACCUGAGCUGGAAGCAACAAGUAACAAUAAAGUGUCCUCACAAAAUUACCUAAAUCAUUUACAACUACCUCGCUGAUUUGUAGCUAUUUUAAAUUAUUUAUUGUAUAAAUAUCUCAACUAUACACAAUAUAAUAUAUAUAUAUAAACAUGUCUAAUUUUGAUGCCUGGGAUUAUGCGGUGUUGAUCACCAUUCUAGCCAUAUCGGCAUCAAUAGGAAUUUAUUAUCGCCUAUCGGGCGGCAAACAAAAAACCACCAAAGAAUAUUUAAUGGCUGAUCAAAGUAUGUCAGCGUUACCAGUAUCAUUUAGUUUAAUGGCAAGUUUUAUGUCGGCCAUAACUCUGCUGGGUGUCUCCAAUGAGAGUUAUCAGUUUGGCAUUAUGUUUUGUGCCAUUAAUAUAGCCUAUAUCUUAAGUACUCCUCUGGCAGCAUAUGGAUUUCUGCCGGUUUUCUAUCGCAUGCGCACCACAAGUGUUUAUGAGUAUUUGGAGCGUCGUUUUGGUCAUAGCAUGCGUUUGGUGGCUUCAUUGGCCUAUUCAGUACAAAUGAUUUUAUACAUGGGCAUAGUAUUAUAUGCACCCGCCUUGGCGCUGGAAGCUGUAACGGGUUUAAGUCAUGUGGCCGCCAUUUUAGCUAUAGGUUUAGUUUGUACCUUCUAUUCGACUCUGGGUGGCAUGAAGGCUGUGCUCAUCACUGAUGUCUUUCAAUCUUUACUCAUGUUUGCUGGCAUUUAUUCGGUGAUUAUAGUAUCGGCCAUUAAGGCUGGAGGCCUUCAGCCCAUAUGGCAAGCAGCUCAGGAAACUGGUCGUUUAGAUGUUAGUGCCAUCUCCUUGGAUCCUACAAUACGUCAUACUUGGUGGAGUUUAAUUAUUGGUGGCAUGGUUACUUAUCUAUCUCUGUAUGGUGUUAAUCAAACUCAGGUUCAACGUCUCUUAAGUGUGCGGGACUUGAAAGGUGCUCAGACGGCGCUAUGGUGGAAUUUGCCUAUUUUAAGCUGUUUAAGUUUUAGUACUCUGUUUACGGGUUUAGCGAUAUUCUACUAUUAUCGAAAUUGUGAUCCUGUGCUGAAUGGUCGCAUUAAGUCGAGAGAUCAGUUAAUGCCGUUAUUUGCCAUAGAUACAAUGGGCCAAUAUCCCGGCUUGUGUGGACUCUUCGUAUCGGGCAUCUUUUCUGCCAGUCUCUCAACUGUCUCUUCGGCUGUUAGCUCUCUCUCCGCCGUAACUUUAGAGGAUUAUUUAAAACCUUUAUAUAAGAAAAUAUUCAAAAGAGCCAUGACAGAUUCCAGCACAACAUUGCCCUCAAAAAUAAUGGCCUGUCUAUAUGGUCUAGUAUGUAUAGCUUUGGCCUUUGGAGCCGGUUCAAUGGGUGGAGUAUUGCAAGCUUCGCUCACUAUAUUCGGUGUAGUGGGUGGUGGUCCUCUAUUGGCUGUUUUCACAUUGGGCAUGUGCACCACGAGAGCUAAUCAAAGAGGUGUAAUAGCAGGACUGUUAUGUGGUCUAUGUUUUGCAUUUUGGAUUGGUUUUGGUGGACCCAAACCACCACCACCAUCUCUGCCAUUAUCCGAUGAUGGCUGUAUCGCUGCUAAUACAACUUUAGUUGCGGAAUCUUUAAGAGUAAUAGAGGAGUUUGUUAAUGAAACCAUAAGCACUACAACGGCACAAAGUUUAACUGCAGAACCUCACUAUUUCUGGCUUUAUCGUCUGUCGUAUAUGUGGUAUUGUGUUUUGGGUUUCAUUAUCACUCUUUGCUGCGGCUAUAUGUUUAGUUGGCUAUUGGAGCGUUUCAACUGGGCUGAUAAUUCUCAGAUAUAUUUAGAUUUUGCCUGUAAACAAUUGGACUAUGAUUUAUUUGUGCCCUUACUGUCGCGCAAAUUGCAAGAACGGGCGGCUGCAUCAGAAGAGUUGGGUAAAUUAAAUUAUUGCCAUACGGUGACUUAAUAAUUUAGUUAAUUCUAUUUAUAUUGCUAUCAAUAUUAUAAUUUUUAUUGUAAAUAUUUUUAGCGUCUAAGUUUUAUUUUAUAAUGGGUUUUAAUUGUAUUAAGUUUUUAA